GAGCCGCCUAGCCUGCCGCGCCGAACCCGCCGCAGAGGCCGCAGAGCGCGGCGCCCAGCCCGCCCCUCCGCGCCAUGGCCCCGCGCGCCCGGCGGCGCCGCCCGCUGUCCUCGCUGCUGGCGCUCUGCGCGCUGCUCGGGCCCCUGCAGGUGACUUUACAGAUCACCCCUCCGUGUGCCAGCGAGAGGCACUAUGAGCAUUUUGGACGGUGCUGUAACAAAUGUGAGCCAGGGACGUACAUGUCUGCCAAGUGCACUACUACCUCGGAAAGUGUGUGUCUGCCCUGCGGCAGGGAUGAAUACCUGGACAGCUGGAAUGAAGAAGACAAGUGCUUGCUGCAUAAAGUUUGCGAUACAGGCAAGGCCCUGGUGGCGGUGGAGCCCGGCAACCGGACAGCCCCACGGCGCUGCGCCUGCAUGGCCGGCUACCACUGGAGCGAGGACUGUGACUGCUGCCGCCGCAACGCCGAGUGCGCGCCCGGCUUAGGCGCCCGGCACCCGGUGCAGCUCAACAAAGACACGGUGUGCGAGCCCUGCCUUGUAGGCUAUUUCUCCGAUGCCUUUUCUUCCACAGAAAAAUGCAAACCCUGGACCAACUGUACCAGUCUUGGGCAGAUGGAAGCACGUCACGGGACCGAUAAGUCGGACGUGGUCUGUAGUUAUUCUCUGCUGUCUACAGAACUACCCAAUGAGCCCCAGAUUUUCUUGCCCAGUUUGAUCAUCCUGCUUCUCUUCGUAUCUGUGGCAUUAGUCGCUGUUGUCUUCUCUGCUGUUUACUACCGGAAACAAGGGAAAGCACUAACAGCUAAUUUGUGGCGCUGGGUCAAUGAGACAUGCGGCCGCCUAAGUGGAAAUAAGCAGGAACCCUCAGGAAACAAUUUUAGCCGCACUCCCAUGGAAGCCUCGAGCCAGCGGGAACUUUGCGACGGGGUCCUACUGCUGACCCUGGAAGAGAAGAUGUUUUCGGAAGACCUGUGCUGGCCGGAAGGAGCCGGGGUCUGCAGGGGCGCGUGUGCAGGCUGUCCCCAGGCAGAAGACACCAGGAUGCUCACCUUGGUCAGCGAGAUGGAGGGCGACUCCUUCAAGCAGAUUCCCAUGGAAGACGAGUAUGUGGACCGGCCUCCCCAGACCCCAGCCUCCUUACUGGGCCUCACUGGGCCGGGAAGCAGAUCCACACCCCCUUUCCCGGAGCCCCUGGAGGUGGGGGAGGAUGACAGUUUAAGCCAGGCCUUCACCGGAACAGAGAGCCUGCCCGAUUCCAAAAGCUGCAAUUUGGCCGAGCCCCCAUGCAGGACCGAUUGGAUUCCCAUGUCCUCCGAAAAGUACUUGCAGAAAGAAGUGGAGGGCGGCAACUGUCCCCACUGGGCGGCCUCCACCUCGGCAGAUGGCUGCGCAGGCUGCGGGAACCCUUCUGGGGAGGACCGGGAGCCCUUUCUGGGUUCCCCAAAAAGUGGACCCUUGCCCCAAUGCGCCUACAGCAUGGGCCUUCCGCCUGAAGAAGCAGCUGAAGAGGCGGAGGCCGGAGGCCAGCCCUGGGAUGAGGCUGAUGCGCGGCCUCCCAGCUCCAGCAGGGGAGGCCCUGGGUCUGGAAGCCCCUCCAGUGAGCAGCCGCCUGCAUCUGGAAAUGUGACUGGAAACAGUAACUCCACGUUUAUUUCCAGCGGGCAGGUGAUGAAUUUCAAGGGGGACAUCAUCGUGGUCUACGUCAGUCAGAACUCCCAGGAGGGCCCGGCGGGGCCAGGCGGUGGCGCUGGGGAGCCGGUGGGUCACCCGGUGCAGGAGGAGAGCCCGCCGUGCUGCGACUCGUUCGCGGGCCUCGGGCCGCGCUUCCCGGACACGUGCAGGGCCCCCGAGCCCGACAAGGCUUCGCGGCCGGUGCAGGAGCAGGGAGAGGCCGAGGCCCGCGCGCCCGGGGCGCAGCGCUGAGCGCCCGCUACCCGCUGUGGCUCUCGGCGCUCCUCGGAUCGGGGAUGCCGCCGGAUCAGCCGCGACUUCCCGGCCGUCAGCCCACCCUCCGCAGCCCACCCUCUGGCCAUCAGCACCACAGGGACCUCGUACCUACCUGGAGGUGCGGGCGGUGUGGGCCACGAGCACCUGCACCUGGGCUGGGCGGGGCGGGGGCCGAGGGCGGGGCACGGCCCGGGAUCGGCCUGCACGCUGCUCCAUGCGGUACAUCUGCGUCCAGUUACCUGACAUUCUCCACCCACCUUGCUAUUCGUUGAAUCGGGGCUUUUUAAAAACGCAAAUGUGUUUUCACCAUACAUACCAGCUGAUGACUCAGGUACACGUUGCUCUAAUUCGGUUGCUCCACUUUUUACGGUUUUCCUCUCUCCCUCCUCCCUCCCAAUACCCGUUAUCAUUUCGUCAGUAGUCUGUCUCUCUAUGACAUGUUUUUAUGGCGGUCCUGUUGUAUUGGAUCUGGGCUUUUCCCCUCUUGUAUUUGUAUUUCACUUAAUCUCAUAACAUUUUUCUUGAUAGCCCCCACCUCCACCCCCCCACAUACUUUUUUUUUUUUUUUUUUUUUUUUUACUAUUUAAGGAUUUUUCUUGAAUUCUCCCAAGGGUGAUGGUCUUUAUGUAUUAUCUGUUGCGCCCCUUCUCACAAGUACCUACCUGUGUUUCGGAAAUGCCUGGGGUGAGGGUUGGGGAGGUGGGGGGAGUGUUGGGGUCUGUACUAAGCACUUUUGGGAAAAGGUUAGAAAUGUGAAGCCUGAAGGGAGGCUCAGGGAACAAGUGGAGGGACUUUUCGUUUUUGAGAACAUUUCUGAAUUCCCGUUUUUCUAAAAGAGGGAAAAGGGGAAACUCCUUUUCUCCUCUGAAUGUUUUUAUGUUUUGUCCAUCGUUAGGCAGAGCUGAGUUGUAGUGUGCAUCCUCCUCCCCUGCACCCUCCCCACAUGUUCAUCCCCGGGGGGAGUUUAUUUGCCCCUUCCAGCAGAGGCAGCCAGGUCCUGCUGUAAAUCCCUAAAAAUGCGGGCUGCUGCAGCUUUGCAUUCUUAUUCUUGACGUGGAACUGAA